UUAAGAAAUUGAAACCGGCGUUAAAAUGGCAUGCAGAGGCAGAGCUCCAUCAAAAUCCGUGCUGCUUUUUGCUGGCCAUGGUGGCCAUGGAUGCAGCAAAAGGUUCGUGGGAUUAGAGCUCCAUUUCAAAGGUCAAGACUCAAGAGCCCUUCUCGGGGAAAAAGGUUGCUUUGCAGGGUCGACAUAAUACAUACACACUGCGCUGCAGGUACGGGAGAAAAUACGAAAGGAGAUGGGGGAAUUAGGUCAGCACAUUAGAUUCUAUGGCUGACGUGUCUCUGCCUCAUCGCAGCCUUUAAGCAUGCAGUGAAUCUAAAGACCAAUCAUAAUUGGGGUACAAAUUUAUGAGCUUCGGUAAGCAGUACAGAGCAGAGGUCGAGCUAUUUUGUGUGUUUGUGUGGAAAGGAAAGCAGGAAGGGAAGCGCACGUCACGGGAUCAUCUCGAAAGCUGAAGCUAAAACCUCCAUGAAAACCCCGCCCCUUUCCUCAACUUUCCCCUUCUCCACUUUCCUUGAGGCCGACCGACACAUAUUCCUCCCGUCUUCUUCUUUCCUCGUCUCGAACUUCGAGGCGCCUCGAAGCCGCGUUAUUAAUAAUUAGACGGCGGAGCUAUGGCGCACUACUCUGUUGUGUCCGCCAAAGUCAUGGAGAGGAGUUGGGAACGUGGUUGUGAGUCGGGAGGGGAAGUGGCGGAGGCGCACAAGCCUGUGCCGGCCCCGUUCCUGACGAAGACGUAUCAGCUGGUGGACGACUCGGAGACGGAUCACAUCGUUUCGUGGGGCGACGACAGGGUUUCUACUUUCGUGGUGUGGCGGCCGCCGGAGUUCGCUCGCGAUGUUCUUCCGAACUAUUUCAAGCACAAUAACUUUUCCAGCUUCGUCCGCCAGCUCAAUACUUACGGAUUUCGUAAGGUGGUGCCGGAGAGAUGGGAGUUUGCGAAUGAGUUCUUUAGGAAGGGGGAGAAGCACUUGCUCUGUGAAAUCCACCGCCGCAAGUCCUCCGCUUCGCCUUCUCUGUUUCCUCCGCUCUACGGCCACCAUUUCGAUGACUACAGCCUCGCCGGCUCAUCGGUGUGGCAGCAGGACGCCGCCGUCGCCGCUCCGCCGUCGCGUGUCCUCCUCCUAGGAGGCAACGACUUCGGCGCCGGCGCCGGCGCCGGCGGCGGGCAGCAGGCUGCGGUCGUGUUGGCGGAGGAGAACGAGAGAUUACGGCGGAGCAACGUGACGCUGCUGUCGGAGCUAGCGCACAUGCAGAAGCUCUACAACGACAUCAUCUACUUCCUGCAGAACCACGUGCGGCCCGUCGCGCCCAGCUUCGCCCGACGGCCGAUGGCAGCCCCUCUCCACGGCUGCGGCAGCCCCACGUCGAGCAGCUCCCUCACGAUCGCGGAGGAGCUCUCUCCUCCUCCCCCGCCGCCGCCACCGUUCCAACUCGACGAACACUGCGCCGGGGAGCCCAAGCUCUUCGGAGUCAAGCUCGGUGGACCAUAUUCUACUAAUAAGAGAAUGUUCCAUCUCCAUGAUCCACCGCCGCCAACUUCGCCCUCCACAAGACCGCGAUUGGUCGACUUAAGCCUCAACCUGACGUCGACAUCUUCUCGUUGAACACCACGACCAUUAAUCUCCGAUCCCGUAGGAGAUUUUCUUGCAUUGAUCUCAAUCUCAAGCUCGGUUCUGUUCUUGUUAUGUCUUCAGUUUUCCCCUCUAUCAUUUGCUUUUUAGAACUGAUGUAAAUUAAAUACUCCAACCUAGUCGAUCUCCGAUCCUAAUAAAUGGUCGCUUCCCUGA